CUAUGUAUGUGUGUAUGAUUUUAUAAAAUUUAGUUUUAAAAAAUCGAUUGGGGGGAGGGGCAUGGCCCUCUCGUUACGCCACUGCAAAAUAUCCUUCUAUAUUAUAGGUACUGAUUUCGCUGAUUUUGAUGACGAGGAGCCCAUCUCGUCGGAGAAGCGGUUGAUAAAGCGGUUACUGGACCGGUACCAGACACAGGGGCGGAUAGGCCGGCCCGUCAUCAACACCGCCGACAACAUCACCGUCUACUUCGGCCUCUCGCUCAUUCAGAUACUCGACGUGGACGAGACGAACCAAGUCCUCAAAACUAACGUCUGGUUUCACUACAAAUGGCAAGAUAUUUUACUACAGUGGAACACCACCGUCCAUGAUGAUAUACAAAGCAUUCGAAUUCCGUCCAACAAAAUAUGGCUACCUGAUAUUCUACUUUAUAAUUUCGCUGACGACCGACUACGGGAACAGCGUGAUGCCCUCGUGGUCGUUGCCAGCGACGGAUGGCUGCUGUGGAUGCCGCAGGCCAUUCUGCGCAGCUCUUGUCUCUUCGACACCCUAUACUUCCCAUUUGACACUCAGUCGUGCAAUCUCAAAUUCGGUUCCUGGACCUACAACGGCAACAAGCUGGACAUCAAGUUCGUCGGUCUGAAAUCGCACGCCAUGGACACGAGCGACUUCGUGCCCAGCAACGAGUGGGACAUCAUAGAGAACAUGGGCAUCCGCAACGUCAAGUUCUACUCGUGCUGCCCCGAGCCCUACCCGGACCUGACGUUCCACCUGACGCUGAAGCGGAAGAUCGCUUUCUAUACGUUCAUUCUGGUGCUGCCCUGCGCCUUGCUGUCUCUGCUGACGCUCGUCAUAUUCUGGGUGCCGCCGGAGUCGCCCGCUAAACUGCAGCUAGGUAUGAGUGUAUUUGUUGCGUUUUUCUUUCUACUCCUGGUCUUGGCGGACUCGACACCGAGAGCAGCUUCAUCCAUUCCACUCAUUGGAGCCUACUUCUGUCUGAGCAUGAUUCUAAUCACCAUGUCUACAGUUCUGGCGUGUGUCGUGGCCAACAUGUACUUCAGAGGAGUUCGAGUUAACAGAGCGCCUAGAUGGCUUAGAAGGUGUAUGGUGGACGGUGUUGCAAGAGUUUUAUGCCUGAGAACCAAGUUAACAGAAGGAGAGAUGCCACCGGUGACAAAGAACUGGAGUGCGUGCAUUCGGAAAUACCCCGACCGUGACAUUAAAUUCGCGAAGGUCCGUCUCCUUGACAACGGCGUAGAUUCUCGGACGACGCACCAGAAGGAGUCGCCGGAAGCAGGGCUCGGGGAGAACGGGCUCGAUCCGGCCAUUGACAAGAACUAUAGCACGAGAACAAAUAUCUUGCACGAGGUUCGAAGUAUAAGGGAGCUGUUGGAGAAGAACGAGGACAGGAAACUAAAGCAGGAGGAGCGAGAAAGAUACAAUCGUGAAUGGAAGGUCAUAGCGUGCAUCACGGACAGACUGUUUUUCAUCAUCUAUGUCUUAAUCAACAUAGGUGGCAUUGUUAUGACUUUUAAGGGCGUGUAGCGUUCUAGUGAUUCAAUCGCAUUCGUGUUGUUUUUGUGUUUUGUGUCUUCUAAGGUUAUGCAAUGCAACAUAUGAUUAUGGUUUCUGUUGAA